AUGAACAAGAAUAAUCUUUUCAACCUGUAUAAGAAAUCUAAACCGUUUUUUAAAAAUUUGACAUUGUAUCAGCAGAAAUGGGUGUCAAAGCAGGAGACACGGGCGUAUCAUGGCGAAGAAAUAAGAGAGGGUAGAUGGCAAACUUUAUUCAGAAAGAAAUUGGACGGUGUUGCUCAAUUAGAUGCAUCUUUGAAAGGUAAUGUUAAACCCACACCAAUGGUUCUCCAGACAUAUGCACCUUUGGAAAAAAGAUUAGACUUUGCAAUUUUCAGGUCUAUGUUUGCAUCAUCUGUACGUCAGGCGAAGGCCUUUAUAUUGGGUGGAUAUGUUAAAGUGAAUGAUGUCACUGUUAAACAUCCUGGCUUCAUUUUAAAGCCAGGUGAUAUUUUUUCUGUCGACCCGGACAAAGUAAUGGAAGCCAUGGGGAAAAAGAAGCCAAGCUUGAAAGAAGCAUAUAAAAUUGACAAAUUCCAAGUGAUACAAUGGCAAAAGUUUGUGGAAAAGGCCAAAAACGAUCCAAGAAGAGUUUGGAAACUGCAACAGGAUAAGCACAACAAACGUUCUAUUCUAUACAAGAACAAAGAGGUUCCAGGACAAUCACCAGAGGAAUCUACUGAUAUCAAGAAGAGACUCGAAGGAUUACAGGAGUUGAAAUUAAAGAAGAUGAAAACUGUUCAACGUAGUGUGAGCAGAAAAUCGAUAUUAAAAGACAUCUAUCGAACUGCCAAGAAGACAUUUGAUGAGAAGAAAGAUGUGACCGCCGAUGUCUUUGUAUCUCAGUUUGGGAAAGAGCUUUCUGGAAAAUGCUUUCAAGUUUAUGAACUAGUUGCAAAUCAAAGCAAAAUAAUGGAAUUGAAGGCUAAACCGGCAGAAGAAGAAUUAUCAAAAAUUGUUCCUUCUUAUAAGGAUGGUAAGGCUAUAGGCGAGUCCUAUGAUGAUUCACGUUCUAAGAAGAUUAGACAGCUUUUAUCCGAGUUGAACACUAAAUACUUGGAUAAGAUCAGGGAUGAUUUUACAAACAAGCCAAUGUCCGAGGAUGAGCUUGUGAAGAUGUGGGUCGCAUCACUGAAGAAACAUCCUAAGAUCCCUGAAUUGACAGAAGUUGAAGAGAAAGGCUCUUAUUAUCUGAACCUUCCUUGGCAACGUGGUAUGUAUGGAUUAAAGGAUCCAUCAAAGCCAUACUUUACACCUUGGACACCAAGACAAUUUCUUGCACCAUUUGCAAUUCUUCCUAAACAUAUAGAAAUAUCAUUUGAGACAUGUCAUGCGGUCUACUUGAAGAUCCUGUUGCAAGACCGGGUGAGUCCGAGGUGA